GUGAAGUACGCUUUAACGGGUUGCGAAAAAGAUGAAUGAAAUCCCUGUUUUUGACGUUAAACCGUGGUUUGUAUCACCGAAAAGUUGUAAAUAGGUACGGGGAAGACGUACCAGUAUUAAGUUUUGCGGUGUACGCAGUUUUCAUCACUUGUUUUGCAUUUAUAUUUACGUGUCAAAAGUUUGUAAACAAAGUGGUCACGUAGUUUGACAAUAGUGAUGCGCGUUAUCGACUAGAACUUUCGCCUUUAAUGCUCUCCUGUACUGGAACUUAAUAUUAGUGAACUGAGUUACUGUUCCCAACGCGAUGAAUGAUACCGGCGGCAAGCAAGAAAUACCCAGUACAUCAACAUGGGAAGCUGUUGCGCAGGUACAAUCGCUUUCACAUCCACAUCAUCCAGAAAAUUUAUCGGUUCUUGUUCCAACAUCCAUCAAGAUUCCUCCAGGAGUGGACCUUGAAAAUGCUAUGCCUCAUACCGCACCAUUGCCUCAAAUUCCCCAGACCCCUCAGGGAAUUCCUGUUGGAGGAUUCAUUGAUGACUUACCACCAGAACUGAUACAUCAGGGUUGGCGGAAGUUCUGGAGUAAAAGAGAGAACAGACCAUAUUUCUGGAAUAAAUUGACAGGAGCAUCACUAUGGGAGAUGCCUCUUCCAAAACAACAGUUUGAUCCAAUUACGGAUCCUUUGGGAAUAUGUAAUCCACCACCUCCAAUGGUAAAUGGUCCGCCAGCAGUUGUUGCAAUUAAGAGGAGAGCAUCAGAAGAAGCUGUGGGGAGUCCGGUUAUGAAGAAGUUCAUUUUAGCUGGACCAUGGGAUCUAGAGGUUCCAACAAAUGCUGUUAUUUAUGAAAGACCUCCAAUUGUUAUACCUCACCCACACCCAGAUGUUGAAGCUUACAGAUGUAAUUUGGCAUUGAAGCUCCGGCAGUGUUAUGAAGAACUGUGUCAUUCGAGAGAAGCAAUCGAUGCACCUAAGGAUUCAUUUAAUCGUUGGCUAAUGGAGAGAAAAGUUAUUGACACAGGUUGUGAUCCUUUGCUUCCAAGUAAUUGUUUUCCAGAGAUUUCGGCUUCUAUGUAUAGGGAAAUAAUGAAUGAUAUACCAAUAAAGCUUGUACGGCCCAAGUUUACUGGAGAUGCAAGAAAACAACUUUCACGUUAUGCUGAAGCUGCAAAGAAGACAAUUGAAUCGAGGAAUGCCUCAUCUGAAAGCCGUAAAGUUGUCAAAUGGGAUGCAGAAGAUACAUUUCAGUGGCUUCGACGAACUGUUGGUGCCACCUAUGAUGACUUCCAGGACAGACUGGCACAUUUGAAGCGGCAAUGUCAGCCACAUCUUACAGAAGCCGUGAAAUCAUCAGUUGAGGGGAUCUGUUUGAAAAUAUAUCACUUAUCCGUAGAAUAUGCCAAGAAAGUGAAGGACAAGCACAUUGAAAUUCUUAAAGAACAUGGAAUAUCUGAGGUAAUUGCUCCAGUGCAGGUAGCAAAUUUGCGAAAAGUAUGGUGCUAUCCAGUGCAGUUCGCAACGCCACCAUGCCCUCGUCUCCCACAGAUAGAUUAUUUGCUGGAAAGAGACCAGGCUUUGCUGCGUUACCAUAUGGAAACAGUAACGAUUAAUGCAGCCCACUUACAAAAGCUGGUACAGUUUUACAUGUUGUUUAUUUAAAACUGAUAUUUACUUUCAGAUUUUGUAGGUAUCUCAUGUGUUAUGUCAAUAAUAGAUUAUA